AUUCGUGUCACUUUUUCCUGCUGGUGUUCGUUCGGUCCGACGCGUCAAUCGCUGUGAAAUUUCUAGAAAUUGACUGUAAAUUACGGUGAAAAUCCAUGGAAAAGUAGUUUCGUUCAGUGCAGUGCCGUUUGAAGUUGAUCGUGAGGGUAAAGUUUGACGGAAUUGAAUGAAUUUUGUGGAGGAAAAUUGAAAUUUAAAAUUUCUUUGUCGGCAGCCAUUUUCUUCGCAAAGUUGAGUGUGGAAUUUUACUUGUGUGUUGGGUGUUGUGGCUUGAAAAGGAAAUUUAGGGCCACUGUCGGGGGAUUUUUUGUGUGAAAUUGUGCAAUUUACCGUGAGUGAAUAGUUUGGUGGGUGCGAAGUCGAGAAUGGCGAGUCCCUCGCCAGCAAACAGCCCUAUGCCUCCGCCUCAGGCGCCGAGUCCAAUGGGGCCACCCUCGCAAAGCCCCGCACCGUCCCCGUCGCCGCAUAGUCCGUACCAGCCGCCGCAAGGACCUCCACAGGGUCCACCGCAUAUGGCGCCGGGACAAGGUCCGCCGCAUCCGCAUGGACCUCCGGGACCGCCACAGGGUGGACAAGGAGGGCAUAUGCAAAUGCAGGGUCCCCCACCUCAGCACGGGCCGCAGCCGCCCAAUCCCCACGGUCCUCCGCCGCCGCAGCACGGACCACCGCACAUGAAUGGUCCUCCCCCACCGCAAGGUCCCGGUGGACCGCCACCGCCUCACCAUAUGCAAGGUCCCGGCGGGCCAGGUGGACCACCCGGUCCGCCACCGCAGCAUAUGCAACAGCAUCCGCCGGGUCCACCACACCCGCAAAUGGGGCAACAUGGAGGACCGCCACAAUCGCAGCCACCACCGCAUCCGGGAAUGCCUCCGCACCAAGGACCCCCAAUGCCACCCGGGAUGGUCCCCGGAGGGUAUCCUCCCCAUUCGAUGCCGCCCAAUUCGGGUCCACCACCGCCGGUUCCAAUGCAGCCAGGAGGUCCCCCAGGUCCAGGUCCAAACAUGGGUCCCGGAGGUCCCAACAUGAUGCCCGGUGGACCGCCACCUCCACCCGGUCAAGAGAAUCUAAACGCUCUCCAGCGAGCCAUCGAUUCCAUGGAGGAGAAAGGUCUCCAGGAAGAUCCGCGCUAUUCGCAACUGUUGGCCCUACGUGCCACGUCGAAGCAGCAGAACUUGAACGCUUCUCAACUGCAUCAACUUCGCGGUCAAAUCAUGGCCUACCGUUUGUUGGCACGUCAUCAGCCCAUUAGUAAGCAGCUUGCGUCCCAGAUUCAAGCUCAGCGGUCCGACGGAACACCCCCGCAAUGCCCAACGCCACCGGCCAGUCCGUAUCCGGGAGGUCCACAAGGAGGACCAUCUCCACAACCGGGAAUGCAACAGCAGCAACCGCCUCAACCCGGUCCUCCACAAGGACCACCGCAGGGUCCUCCGGGUGUACCAACCGGCAAAGUCGGUCCUCCGGAACCGGGUAAACCUGCUACCGGUGGAAUGCCACCAAGCCAGAGCCCCAUGCCAGGAAUGACUAUGGGAGGUCAACAACCUCCUCAUCAGCAGCAAAUGGGACCCGGUCAACCACAGCGACCCAGUUCUCAAGGACCCGCUGGAGCAGGGCCUCGCCCUGCUGCUCAAGCACCCGCUGUUCAACCCAUCCAGAAGCAGAACCGCGUCACAACCGUCGCCAAACCGGUUGGUCUAGAUCCGAUCAUCAUUCUGCAAGAACGCGAGAAUCGAAUGGCUGCCCGAAUCGCUCUAAGAAUGGAGGAACUCAGCAACCUUCCCGCCAUGAUGCCGGAAGAUCUCCGGAUCCAGGCUCAGAUCGAGCUCCGGGCCUUGCGAGUUCUAAACUUCCAACGUCAGCUCCGAUCGGAAAUUGUCCAAUGUACCAGACGGGACACAACGCUGGAGACGGCCGUCAACGUCAAGGCUUACAAGCGUACCAAGCGCCAAGGAUUACGUGAAGCCCGAGCCACCGAAAAGCUUGAGAAACAGCAAAAGCUAGAAGCUGAAAGGAAGCGCCGUCAAAAGCACCAGGAGUUCCUCGCUUUAGUCCUUCAGCACGGCAAGGACUUCAAGGAGUACCACCGGAACAAUGUGGCCAAGCUGGGUCGGUUGAACAAGGCCAUCAUGAACUACCAUGCCAACGCCGAACGAGAACAGAAGAAAGAACAGGAACGUAUCGAGAAGGAACGUAUGCGUCGUCUGAUGGCCGAGGACGAAGAGGGCUACCGAAAGCUUAUCGAUCAGAAGAAGGACAAGCGUCUGGCGUUCCUGCUGUCGCAAACCGACGAGUACAUUGGCAACCUGACCGAGAUGGUCAAGCAGCACAAGGUGGACCAGAAGAAGAAGAAAGACGACGAGGAACAGCGGAAACGCCGCAGGAAGCGCAUGGUGCUGGAGAGCGGCGACAUCCAGCAUCUGGAUACGGACUGCGAGGCGCACGAUUGUCGCGUCACGGUGGUUGAAACGGCUUCCGGCAAGACGAUCGCCGGCGAUGAUGCUCCGUUUUUGCGCGAUUUGUACAACUGGUUGCAGAUCCACCCCGGAUGGGAGUACGUCAUUUCGGAAGACGAGGACGACGACGACGAUGAGGAUUCCGAUGAGAAGAAAAAGAAGAAGGUUGAAGAUGAUCUCUCGGAUGAGAACAAGACCAAGGAGGUCAUCCAGAAGGCCAAGGUCGAAGACGAUGAAUACAAGACCGAGGAGCAGACCUACUACAGCAUUGCGCACACAGUUCACGAGAAGGUCACCGAACAAGCCUCGAUUCUGGUGAACGGUAAACUGAAGGAAUACCAGAUCAAGGGUCUGGAGUGGCUGGUCUCGUUGUUCAACAACAAUCUGAACGGAAUCCUGGCCGAUGAGAUGGGUCUGGGUAAGACUAUUCAAACCAUUGCUUUGGUGACCUAUCUGAUGGAGAAGAAGAAGAACAACGGUCCGUACUUGAUCAUCGUUCCGUUGUCCACACUGUCCAAUUGGGUGUUGGAAUUUGAGAAGUGGGCUCCCGCUGUCGGAGUGGUGGCCUACAAGGGAUCUCCGGCAGGUCGCCGUGCUGUCCAAAAUCAGAUGAAGGCCACCAAGUUCAACGUUUUGCUGACCACAUACGAAUACGUCAUCAAAGAUAAGUCCGUGCUGGCCAAGAUCUCCUGGAAGUACAUGAUCAUCGACGAAGGUCACCGUAUGAAGAACCACCACUGCAAGCUGACCCAAGUCUUGAACACUCAUUACAUAGCUCCGCACCGGUUGCUCCUGACCGGAACUCCGCUUCAGAACAAACUUCCGGAGUUGUGGGCUCUACUUAACUUCCUCUUACCAUCUAUCUUCAAAUCCGUAUCAACCUUUGAGCAGUGGUUCAAUGCUCCGUUUGCCACUACAGGUGAAAAGGUCGAAUUGAACGAGGAAGAAACCAUUCUCAUCAUCCGUCGUCUGCACAAGGUGUUGCGUCCUUUCCUGCUACGUCGUCUAAAGAAGGAAGUCGAGUCGCAGCUGCCGGACAAGGUCGAGUACAUCGUCAAGUGCGACAUGUCUGGAUUACAGCGCGUUCUGUAUAAGCACAUGCAGAGUAAGGGUGUUCUACUCACGGAUGGUUCCGAGAAGGGCAACAAGGGCAAGGGAGGAGCCAAGGCCCUGAUGAACACGAUCGUCCAGCUGCGAAAGCUGUGCAACCAUCCGUUCAUGUUCCAGCACAUCGAAGAGAAGUACUGCGACCACAUUGGAGGUCAUGGCACUGUUUCCGGUCCGGAUUUGUACCGUGCUUCCGGCAAGUUCGAACUGCUUGAUAGAAUUCUGCCCAAGCUGAAGGCCUCCGGACAUCGCGUGUUGCUGUUCUGUCAGAUGACCCAGUGCAUGACCAUCAUCGAAGAUUAUCUGUCGUGGCGUGGAUUCGGAUACCUCCGGUUGGACGGUACUACCAAGGCGGAGGAACGUGGAGAUUUGCUGAAGAAGUUCAACUGUAAGAACUCGGAAUACUUUGUGUUCCUGCUCUCCACCCGUGCCGGUGGUUUGGGUCUGAAUCUGCAGACGGCCGAUACAGUCGUCAUUUUCGAUUCGGAUUGGAAUCCGCAUCAGGAUUUGCAGGCGCAGGAUCGUGCCCAUCGUAUCGGUCAGCGGAACGAGGUGCGCGUGUUGCGUCUCAUGACCGUCAACUCGGUGGAGGAACGUAUUUUGGCCGCUGCCAGGUACAAGCUGAACAUGGACGAAAAAGUCAUCCAGGCCGGUAUGUUCGAUCAGAAGUCUACCGGUAGCGAACGGCAGCAGUUCUUGCAGAGCAUUCUGCACCAGGACGAGAUGGACGAGGAAGAGGAAAAUGAAGUGCCCGAAGAUGAGAUGAUCAAUCUGAUGAUUUCCCGCAACGACGAUGAGCUGGAGCUGUUCAAGAAAAUGGACGCCGAACGAAAAGCGGAAGAGGUCAAGCCGCGCUUGAUCGAGGAAUCGGAACUGCCCGAUUGGUUGGUCAAGGAAGAGGAGGAAGUCGAUCGGUGGGAUUACGAAGAGGACAACUCCAUCCUGGGCCGAGGUUCGCGUCAGCGCAAGGAAGUUGACUACACGGACAGUUUGACCGAGAAGGAAUGGCUCAAGGCCAUCGAUGACGGUGCCGAUUUUGACGAGGAACUCGAGGAAGAAGAACGCGAGAAGAAGCGCAAGGGUCGUAAGCGCAAGAGCCGUCGCGAAGACUCCGAUGACGAAAGUGUCAUUUCUACGGUGACGAAACGUAGGAAGGGAACCACCGCUCCCAAGGUCAAAAAACAGAUGAAGAAGGUCAUCGAUGCCGUCAUCAAGUACUGCGAUCCGGACGGCCGUGUCCUGAGUGAGCCUUUCAUGAGACUUCCUUCGCGAAGGGAUCUCCCUGACUACUACGAAGUCAUUAAGCGACCAAUCGACAUCAAGAAAAUCGUAACUCGAAUCGAAGAGGCCAAGUACGCCGAUUUCGCCGAUCUGGAAAAGGACUUCUUCCAACUUUGCCAGAACGCUCAGAUCUACAACGAGGAGGCUUCCCUCAUCUACGAGGACAGCUUGGAACUGCAGCAGAUUUUCAGCACCUCGAAGCAGCGGGUCCUGGAGGCAGCCGACGAGGAGGAUUCCGAUGACGAUGACGAUGACAACUCGGACGAGGAAUCCGGCAGCGUCAAGAUGAAGCUGAAGAUCUCCAAAGCCGGAACGUCGUCCUCUUCGUCGAUGUCGGCGUCGAAGCCGAAGGGAACGCCCGGACGCAGGAAACGCUCCCAGAAGAAGUACACCAUCUCGGAUGACGAUGACGACGAUAUGGAUUAGAGGGCUUAGUUUUAGGGUCUUAUUUUAAGAAAUGGCGUUGCAUGCCGCGUAUUUAAUCAACAGAACGUAAUAUUGUAUGUGUGUAGGAUGUAACGUUUACUAAUCGUGGAUACAAUUAGCUUGGGUUCUCAUGAUACGAAAACAAACCCUGCAGUUCUAUGAAAUUGAUUCCUUAUUAAGAUCUUAAACCAUGCACUAGAAAUCAGUUUAAUAUAUUAUGUAGUAUCAAAUGAUCAUCAAAUUUGGCAGUUGCACAUGCAUUGAUCUUUAUAUAAAACAUAACAUUAUCAAGAAAGAUGUUAAACGCUACGACUUGAUGUCUAUGCGUUUUCUCCAAUGUAUUACACACAAUAGCUGACAGGUUAGGCGUCUAAAAUAAUUGGAAAAUUACUAGAUGAAACAAGGCUAGGAAA